UUGUUGGAUUGCUUUUAUGUAUUUAUUUUUAGCUCAAAUGAAAAGUUGAAACCAGUGGGUUUUAGCGCCGCAGUCCUCCUCUCGCGCUCCGCCGCGGACCGACGCUUUUCCACGGUUACAUAACUCGCCGAGCCUCUCCGUGCUGCGGAUCCUGCCCAGUCCUCCCACAAUGCAGAGCGCAUGGCGCGUCAUUGGAGAGAGCCCAUGAUGAUGGCGGCGGUCGGUGCACCAGAAGUGAUCACACAACUGGAGAGCGCGGCCAAAGUUUUGAUGGCACCGCCGUCCAUGGUCAGCACAGAGCAGAGGCAGCACGCUGAACAUGUAUUCCUCUCCUUCAGGAAGUCCAAGUCCCCGUUCGCCAUCUGCAAGCACAUCCUGGAGACGAGCAAGGUGGACUACGUGCUAUUCCAGGCAGCCACGGCCGUCAUGGAGGCCGUUGUGCGGGAAUGGAUCCUGCUGGAGAAGACCAGCAUCGAGUCCCUCCGGGCGUUCCUCCUCACUUACGUGUUGCAGAGACCCAACCUACAGAAAUAUGUCCGUGAGCAGAUUCUGCUGGCUGUGGCCGUCAUCGUGAAGCGAGGCUCUCUGGACAAAAGCAUCAACUGCAAAGGCGUCUUCCACGAGGUCGGCCAGCUCAUCAGCAGCGGGAACCCCACAGUGCAAACCCUGGCCUGCUCCAUCCUCACCGCUCUGCUCAGCGAGUUCUCCAGCUCCAGCAAGACCAGCAGCAUUGGCCUCAGCAUGGAGUUCCACGGCAACUGCAAGCGCCUCUUUCAGGAGGACGGCCUGCGUCAGAUCUUCAUGCUGACCAUGGAGGUGUUGCAGGAGUUCAGUCGCAGGGAGAACCUCAACGCUCAGAUGUCCUGCGUCUUCCAGCGCUACCUUGCUCUAGCCAACCAGGUCCUGAGCUGGAACUUCCUGCCUCCAAAUCUGGGGCGCCACUACAUCGCCAUGUUCGAGGCCACGCAGAACGUCACGCUGAAGCCCACGGAGUCCUGGAGGGAGGCGCUGCUGGACACCCGCGUCAUGGACCUCUUCUUCUCUAUUCACAGGAAGAUCCGGGAGGACUCGGACAUGGCCCAGGACUCCCUGCAGUGCCUGGCCCAGCUGGCCUCCAUGCACGGGCCCAUCUUCCCAGACGAGAGCGCCCAGGUGUCCUACCUGGCUCACCUGGUGGAAGGCCUGCUCAGUAUGAUCAACGGGAUCGAGAUCGAGGAUUCGGAGGCGGUGGGCAUCUCCAACAUCAUCUCCAACCUGAUCACCAUGUUCCCCCGGAGCAUUUUAACGGCGCUGCCCAGCGAGCUCUUCACCUCCUUUAUCAACUGCCUCACACUCCUCACCUGCUCGUUUGGACGCAGCGCCGCCCUGGAGGAGGUGCUGGAUAAAGACGACAUGGUUUACAUGGAGGCGUACGACAAGCUGCUGGAGUCGUGGCUCACGCUGGUUCAGGACGAGGAACACUUUCCCCGCGGCUGCUUCGUCCAGCCCGCCAUCCAGGUCUUCAACUCCUACAUUCAGUGCCACCUGGCCGCUCCCGACGGCACGCGGAACCUGUCCGUAAACGGCAUAUCGUCCCACGAGGAGGAGGAGAUCAACGAGCUGCAGGAGGACGACAGAGAGCUGUUCUCAGACCAGCUGUCCAGUAUCGGCAUGCUGGGACGAGUGGCGGCGGACCACUGCAUCCCUCUGCUCACAAGCCUGCUGGAGGACCGGGUGAACCGGUUGCACGGCCAGCUCCAGAGGACCCAGCAGCACCUCAUGGCCUCGACCAGCCUGGGGUCAGUGGACCGCAAAGUCCUGGACGACCUGUAUGAGGACAUCCACUGGCUCAUACUGGUCUCAGGUUAUCUGCUGGCAGACGACCCUCAGGGUGAAACCCCGAUGAUCCCCUCUGAGGUCAUGGAGUUCUCCAUCAAACACUCGACAGAAGUGGACAUCAACACGACGCUACAGAUCCUGGGCUCCCCGGGGGAGAAGGCCUCCUCCAUACCGGGCUGCAACCGCACAGACUCCGUCAUCAGGCUGCUGUCUGCCGUGCUGAGGACGUCGGAGGUCGAGUCCAGGGCGACCAGAGCCAGCUUGACGGAGCUUCUCAGUCCUCAGAUGGGGAAGGACAUCGUGUGGUUCCUGAGGCGCUGGGCCAAGUCGUACCUGCUGGUGGACGAGAAGCUCUACGAGCAGAUCAGCAUACCUCUGAGCACGGCGUUCGGCGCAGACACGGAGGGAGCCCAGUGGAUUGUGGGAUACCUGCUGGAGAAGGUGAUUAACAAUCUGUCGGUGUGGAGCUCAGAGACGGAGCUGGCCAACGACACGGUGGAGCUGCUGGUGACGCUGGUAGAGAAGCGGGAGAGGGCGAACAUCGUGGUGCAGUGUGAGGGCUGGUGGAGCCUGGCGAAGCAGUUCGCCAGCCGCAGCCCGCCGCUCCACCUGCUGUCCAGCUCCGUGCAGAGAUCCCUGAUGAAGGCGCUGGUCCUGGGAGGCUUCGCCAACAUGGACUCCGACACCAAGCAGCAGUACUGGGCUGAGGUGCUCCAUCCUCUGCAGCAGCGCUUCCUCAAUCUCAUCAACCAGGAGAACUUCGCUCAGAUCAGCCAGGAAGAGGCGGUCAAGCAGGAAAUAGUCGCCACGCUGGAGGCGCUGUGCGGCAUCGCCGAGGCGACGCAGAUAGACAACGUGGCUUCGCUCUUCUCCUUCCUCAUGGACUUCCUGUCCAACUGCAUCGGCCUGAUGGAGGUUUACAGCAACACGCCUGAAACGAUCAACCUCAUCAUCGAGGUUUUCGUGGAAGUGGCUCACAAGCAGAUCUGCUACCUGGGAGAGACUAAGUCCAUGAAGCUGUACGAAGCCUGCCUGACGCUGCUGCAGGUCUACUCCAAAAACAACCAGAGCAGGAAGCGCAAUGACGCCACGGCUGAGGAGGACCAGUACCAGGACCUGCUGCUCAUCAUGGAGCUGCUCACCAACCUGCUCUCCAAGGAGUUCAUCGAUUUCAGCGACAACGACGAGGUGUUCCGAAACCAGGAGCAGGGCACGCCGGCGUCCAGCCGGACCGUCUCCGCGGCGGACGUCGUCCUCUACGGCGUCAACAUCGUUCUUCCACUCAUGUCUCAGGACCUGCUGAAGUUUCCUUCGCUGUGUAACCAGUACUACAAGCUCAUCACCUUCAUCUGUGAGAUCUUUCCAGAAAAGAUCCCUCAGCUGCCUGAAGACCUUUUUAAGAGCCUCAUGUUUUCACUGGAGCUGGGAAUGACCUCGAUGAGUUCAGAGGUCAGUCAGCUGUGUCUGGAGGCUCUGUCUCCUCUGGCUGAGCAGUGCGCCAAAAGCCAGGAGAAGGACUCGCCCCUUUUCAUCGCCACGCGCCACUUCCUCAAGCUGGUGUUUGACAUGCUGGUGCUGCAGAAACACAACACAGAGAUGACGGUGGCGGCAGGGGAAGCCCUCUACACGCUCGUCUGCCUGCAUCAGGCGGAGUACUCAGAGCUGGUGGAGACCCUGCUCUCCUCCCAGAGGGACGCCGUGAUCUACCAGCGGCUGGCCGACGCCUUCAACAAGCUGACGGCCAGCAGCACGCCGCCCACCAUGGACCGCAAACAGAAGGUGGCCUUCCUGAAGAGCCUGGAGGAGUUCGUGGCCAACGUGGGCGGCCUCCUAUGCGUGAAGUAACCACUGAGAACCAAUCCCCCGAAUACUCCAUCAUUCUGAGGACCCGCCCCUUCCCCUCUGCAUCCCACUACGCUCAGCAGGAUCCGUCCGCCUCCCAGGAUCCUCCACUCAGCUGAAUGUUUCUUUUUAAUUGCUUUGUUUUUACCCCUCCGUAUGACGACUCCUGCGGCGCCAAGACAGUUUCUGAUGAAGUGACAUCUUAAAAACCGGACUGCAGAGCAGACGGACUCGUUCUAAGGAAUGUUCACACACACACACACACACACACACACACACACACACACACACACACACACACACUCUCUCUCACUGCAAGUGAGACCUGAUGCCAUUAAUUAGAUCCUGGAUGAGAUGUAACAUUUUCUUAGUGCAGCGUCGCAGCAUACAGACACACACACACACACACACACA